CUGGGGAAGGCCGAAGAGCACACGGUAUACGAAGGGGAGAUAGUGGGCAUGAUCCUGGCGGUGGAGCUGCUGAAAGAGAGGACGAAGAGGAUGAGAGAGAAACCCACCAUGGCACUUGGGGUGGAUAACCAAGCCGCGAUCCGCGCAACGAAGGGUUUCCAGUCGAAACCCGGCCAUUACUUGCUAGAUAUCUUCCACGAUGACCUCCGCCGUAUGCUGUCAAGAAAAGACGACCGCAAGCUGACCAUCCGUUGGUCAGCUGGCCACAUAGGGAUCCCCGGUAACGAAGAAGCAGAUGAACAGGCAAAACGCGCCGCCCGCGGCGAAAGCUCAGAACACUGCAAGCUCCCCCCAUCCCUCCGCAAC